AUGGGAGGAGCUGUUGAAGACGGAAUUGGUAUUAAUGGCAAAACUUCUCCCAGGCAAGCAGAAAUUGAGAAGAGUCAAGCAGAGCUCAGGCAGGAGUGUGAGAUUCGGGACAAAACGAAAAAAGAGUUGGAAUUUCUUUUGGAAGGUGGCAAUCCUUUAGAACUUGAGAGUGGGAAUGCUGCUUCAAUUAGUGUGCAAUCUACUUCGUUUGCUGAACAACAUGCUGAUCAACUUGUGACCAGUGAAGCAAAAGGUAGUUUUGCAUUUGCCGCAUCGCCUCAUGGAGACUCUGUUGAAAGUAGUGGUAGACUUGGGACAAAUCCUUGUGAACCCAAUAGUGCGGACAAUCUUUUGUUAUUUGAUGCUGAAUGUGAGUUAUCUGAGGGCAAUAGGAUGCCAUCACAUCCUUGUAGGAGUAACAUAGUGUCAUCAGAAAAGUUAUCCCAUAAUGGUAGCAUUAGUAGAAUUGGGGAACAUGGGGAUUCAACUGUUUUUGACCGCCCCAGAAAAGCAUAUAAGAGGCGGUACAGGUCCCGACCAAAUCGUGAUGGAACUAGGUCAAGUUCAACUGAUGUAAAUCCAACACAUGGCAUUCAUCCCUCUUCUAUACCUUCUCGUCAUGAACCCAAGGAUGCUAAAGGGUUGAUGUCUGAUUUAGAAAACCCAAUUAUAUUAUCGACUUCGAAUUCAAAGCCUGCUAGUCCAGUAGAUAAUACCCUUCAGAAGACUGGAUUUGCGGGUAGCCAGCAGGAUAUUGAGUUUGAUGGCACAAAGGCUGUAAAACCAACUAAAGAUCUAACAGAAGGUCAUUCGUUGAAUUCAGCAUCAGAUGCUAUUGCGUGUGAAAUACCAUUCCAUGUUAAACAUAGCCAGCAAUCUCCGUCAGUUCUGGGAACUCCCAUUAAGAUGGAUUCGGAUGGACCCCAGACCAUUGUGGCAUUUGAACAGGUGAGUUUUGCAGAUAUUGAGUGUCAGCCAGGUGUGACUGCUAUUAAAAUUGAGAAUAAAUCCGAUUCCCAUAAGAUGAAUGGUUUCAGCAGCAAAAAGGGUGAGAGAACGAGACAUGAUGCUCAUAGCAGUGCGUCAUGCGGCGUGAAGGGAUUGGAUUCUGAGUCAUCCGGCACUCAAAUCAGUCAAAGUAUUAAUGGAACUAAUGAUGCUGAUACUAAAAUGACUGACUCGAAUGGGCAGAUUAAAGAUCAAAUCUCAGUACCAGAUAAGGUUCCAGUUCUUGGAGGUGAUGAGUCAGUGAAAGAAAAGAAAGAAAGUGGUGCGGACAGUUCUGCUCCUGUCACUGUGGAGAGCUCUGUUACAUAUCGAACUGAGCUAGAGGAUGGAGUAAAACUCCAUCCAGAGAAUGAAUUGAAUGUGAAUGGAUCUGCUUUGAAAAACAAGGUGAAAGACCAAACUGAUUAUGGAGGAAUGGGAGCUAGCAAACUCAUUGAAUCUGACUCAGGAAGGAAAUUCGCUGACCUGUCCGCUGAUCAAGCUGGCGUGAGUAAUGAAAGUCCUUGCUCUCUUAGGCACCAGGAUUCUAUUGAUAUGUCAGUUCCAGAUAUUCCUGGGGGGGGAUCGUCGAUUGCGGUUUCGACUGCUCCCAUUGGGGCUCACACAUUUCCAGGGUCUGAUUCGAUAUUGAUAAGAACAGUUGAUGAAGACUCAAUCUUGAAAGAAGCAAAAAUCAUAGAGGCCAAGCGAAAGAGGAUAGCUGAGUUGUCCGUUACGAACUCCCCAAAGAAAACCCGCCUUAAAUCUCAUUGGGAUUAUUUGCUUGAAGAAAUGGCAUGGUUGGCAAAUGAUUUCGCACAGGAGCGUAUUUGGAAAAUAGCUUCUGCAGCUCAAUUGAGUUCUAAGGCUGCUUUUACUUGUCGUGUGACAAAACAAGAGAGUCGGUUUCAUUUGGAGGCAAAGAAAGUUGCUCAUUCAUUGGCAAAAUCUGUCAUGGAGUUCUGGCAAUUAAUUGAGGAGAAAAGCGAAGUACUGGACCAGCAGGGCCAAGGAGAGGACGGACAUUCUGUUCAGGCUUACGCAAUGAGAUUUCGAAAAUAUAAAAAUUGCUGUAUCAUCUAUAAUCCAACUGAGGUGCCGCUGACACCAGAUGGAGUACUUGAUGUGGGAAUCCUUGACUUGUCAUGGAAGGAAAACUUGAUGGAAGAGAAUAUCUUCUACACAGUCCUUCCGGGAACCAUGGAGACCUACAGAAGUUCAGUUGAAUCACAUGUGGCCCAGUUUCAGAAAAUAGCGGGUGGCAUGAUAGAGGAAGUGGAAACAUCCACAUGCGAUGCCGCUGAAGAUGAGAAUGAGAGAACAGAUACAUAUGACAUGUCAAUGGCCUUUGAUGAUAGCAAGAAUUCUGGAUUCGGGCCAAAAAAGCAGAAAGACGUGAUACAUGCAUAUGGUUCCAGACCAUAUGAAGUAAGCUCUGAUGUAUCACACAUGCAAGGUGCUGAAAACAAAGCUGUGCAUCAAUCGGCUUUACUGGGAAAACGGCCAGUUGGCAACCUCAAUGCAUCAAUCCCCACAAAACGUGUUCGAACUGCUUCUAGGAGAGUUGUUAGCCCUUUUAGUGCAGGAACAUCUGGAUUCCCUCCGGCAAAUAAAACAGAUGCUUCUAGCAGUGAUACCAAUUCAUAUCAGGAUGAUCAGAAUAUACUGCAAGGGGGUUCGCAUACUCCAUAUAAUGUGGAAGUUGAAUCAGCUGUGAAGUUUGAGAAGAAAUUAGCAAUUGGAUCUGCUGAAGGAUUGAUGAAACAUAAAAAGAAGAAAGCAAAGCAUUUGAAUGCUGCAUACGAGGCGAGAUGGCAGGUUGAUUCUACAUUUCAAAAUGAGGAGUUUCAGAGAGAUCACUUGAGGAAGAGUCAUCAAAAUGAAAAUAAUUGCACCAGUGGUUUAUUGGGUCAACCCAUGGCAAAGAAGCAGAAAACUAUGCGGCAGUCACAGGAUUACUCUUUUGAGACUAUUACACCAAUUGGUGGGUCUGUACCUUCUCCAGUGGCUUCCCAAAUGAGUAACAUGUCCCAUUCAAAUAAGUUCGUUAAAAUGCUUGGUGGACGAGAUCGGGGUAGGAAACAGAAGCUUCUGAAGAUGUCUGCUGGCCAGCCAGGUUCAGGUAGUCCAUGGACACACUUCGAAGACCAGGCUCUUGUUGUCCUUGCUCAUGACUUGGGCCCGAAUUGGGAGCUCGUCAGUGAUGCUAUGAACAGUACUCUUCAGUUCAAGUGCAUAUUUCGGAAAUCCAAGGAGUGCAAAGAGAGACACAGUUUUUUGAUGGAUAGAACUUCUGGCGAUGGAGCAGACAGUGCCGAAGAUUCUCGAUCUUCUCAACCUUAUCCUUCUACAUUACCUGGCAUUCCCAAGGGAAGUGCAAGACAGUUAUUUCAACGUCUACAGGGGCCAAUAGAGGAAGAUACCCUCAAAUCUCAUUUUGAGAAGAUCAUCAUUAUUGGUCAGAAACAACAUUACCGCAAAACACAGGAACCAAAGCAACUCCAGCAACCUCACAGUUCUCACACCAUUGCUCUUCAACAAGUUUGUCCGAAUAACUUGAAUGGAGGACCCGUUUUAGGCCCUCUGGACCUGUGUGACUUCAUUGCUGAGAAUGAUAUACUUCCCCUCGGACAUCAAGGGCCCCAUUCUGGUGGAUUAACCAUUCCAAAUCAGGGAACUGUGACUCCAAUGAGUCCUGCAUCAGGUUUCACUUCCUCAUUGCAAGGGUACCCAUCUUUGAUAGUAGGCAGUAACUUUCCAUCAUCCCCAUCGUCUCUCAAUUCCUCACUCAGAGAUGCUAGGUACGGGCCUCCCAGACCUGCACUAUUGCCAGCUGAUGAGCAGCAGCGGAUGCAACAAUAUAAUCAGAUGUCUGGCAGGAGUGUGCCUCAACCCAAUGCUUCUUCUCCUGGAGCUCUUGCAGGGACCGAACGUGGUGUUCGUGUGCUUCCUGGUGGCAGUGGCAUGGGUUUAGUGAGUGGUGUUAACCGAGGUAUGUCGAUUACUAGACCUGGUUUCCAAGGAAUUACAUCACCACCUGUUGUCAAUUCUGGAAGUGUGGUCUCCCCUGGUAUGCCACCACCGAAUAUGCAUUCUGGAGUGGGCUCUGGUCAGGGAAGUUCAAUCUUGAGACCUCGUGAAGCUUUGCACAUGAUGCGACCUGGUUUGGGUCAGGAUUCACAGAGGCCAAUAAUGCCGGCUGACCUUCAAAUGCAGGCCCCACCAGGAAACAGCCAAAUGUCCCACCACAUUAGUGGGUUGAGUUCCCCUUUACCUAACCAGACUGUAUCUCCACUGGUGCCAUCAUACCCUCUUCACCAUCCAUCAUCUCCCCAGCAUCCUCAGGUACUUAGUCCACGUCAUCACCCACAUUUGCCUGGACCCACCACAAACCAACAAGCCUAUGCAAUGCGCCUGGCUAAAGAGAGGCAGCAGCAAAACCGUUCCGUACACCAACCCCAAAUCAGUCUGUCAAAUUCAACGACUCCACAUAAUAUCCACCCAUCACCUCAACUCCCCUUGCAAAACAAUCCGCAAGUUCAACCCCAGAUGGCUACUCCACCAGUAUCACUUUCCCCUACGAAUUCAAUGAAUCAGCAAGCACCCGUUCAGGGUAAUGCGCCAGUUGGCAGCACCCAUCAGAUCACCAAGCAACGGCAGAGGCAGAAACAGAAUCAAUCAGCACAAGCCAAUAGGCCACAUCCUCAGCAGAAGCAACAAACACAAUCUCAACAGCUGGCCAAUAAAAAUAAGGUGGCCAAGGGAGUUGGAAGAGGGAACUCUUUGCAGCAACCAAAUGUCUCGAUCGACCGUGCCCCCAUGAACGGGGUUUCUGCCACUCCAGGAAAAUUCGUUCCUCCACAAAAAAACUAUCCAGGCCAAGGUGCACCAUCGACCAAGAAUUUACAUCACGUGGCCUCUCUUACAGAUAAGAACAGCUUAGGUCAUGUCCAGGUGCCUGGUUCAAACCACCCACAGACAUCGUCCCACCAAAAGUCGGUGACUACUAAUCAGUUGCAUGUUCAAAGAGUGGUUCAACAGCCGAAUAGACCGCAGGCAAAAGAUCCCAGUAAUGAUAAGCAUCUGACGAGCAGCUCAACUGAGUUGGACCAAAUGAUGACAUUACCCCCUUCCACAGUCAGUGCAAGUGCUCAUCAGUGGCAGGCUUCAGAACCAAUAUUGGAUCAAACCACUCUAGGCUCGGGUACAAAUACGAGUUCAGUGCCUUUGAAAGCAAGUGGGUCUGCUGCUCAGAACUCACAGCAGUGA